ACUUUUCACCUUAGUUACGUCAUCUCGUUUGGGCAAACAUACCUCCUCUCCAACCUCCCUGGCAGCUUUUAUACUCCGUCAAGAUCAACUCUAACGUUUUUUAGGGAUACCUUUUUGGCAGCCUCUAAUGCCAUAAAUACAAGAUGGGAAACAACCUUCUUCCUUGUACAUGCCAAUGAUAGCCGUUCUCGUCUUGCAGACGCUGGGGUCGAGACCGAGGCAGCUGCCGCCAGCGCCCUCCCCACGGCGCGGCAUUCCCGCGUGUCCACGUGCGCCCCGCCCCGGGGUGAGGCGCCCAGAGCAGCCCUGCCUCAGGCCUGCUCGCCCACCUCGCUGGUGAUCGGCUGAUCUUGAAGAACCUUUCUGUCACAGAAACUCGAAUAGCUCCCGGUCCCUGCCCGCAGGAAGAGCCACGUCUCGCGCGAUCCCCUCCACCUCUCGCGACACUUGCCGCCUGUGCCCCUGCAGCCCUGCCCGCUCCCCGGUGGCCGCCGCGCCUGUGCUCUGCAGCCGGCGGCGCUGGUCGGCUGGGAGCGCGGGGACGCCCCGUGCUCGGGGCCGCAGGCUCCACCCCGCCCCGCCCCGCCUCAGGGUAAAGGCCGCUGCGGGGACAUGUCGUGCCCCCCUCGGCGAGGGCGGGAGAGCGUGAAAGGCAGCGGGGCUGCCAGUUUUCUUUUAUCUUUAGAAAGCGAAAUGUCAUCAGUGGAGUCACACCAGGAACAGUUGUCCCAGUCAGAUCCAUCCUCCUCACCAAACUCAUGUAGUUCCUUUGAGCUGAUAGACAUGGAUGCUGGCAGCUUGUAUGAGCCAGUUUCUCCUCAUUGGUUUUAUUGUAAGAUAGUAGAUUCUAAAGAGACAUGGAUUCCUUUCAACUCUGAGGAUUCACAACAGCUAGAAGAGGCAUAUGGCUCUGGAAAAGACUGCAAUGGGAGAGUUGUCCCCACUGACGGGGGCAGAUAUGAUGUUCAUUUGGGGGAGAGAAUGCGGUAUGCUGUAUAUUGGGAUGAGCUAGCAUCAGAAGUGAGGCGAUGUACGUGGUUUUACAAGGGAGACAAAGACAAUAAAUAUGUUCCGUACUCGGAGAGCUUCAGCCAAGUUCUAGAGGAGACUUACAUGCUUGCUGUAACUCUGGAUGAAUGGAAAAAAAAACUGGAGUCUCCCAACAGAGAAAUUAUUAUAUUACACAAUCCAAAGCUCAUGGUACAUUACCAGCCAGUUGCAGGGUCUGAUGAAUGGGGGUCAACACCUACUGAGCAAGGUCGACCAAGAACAGUGAAGAGAGGGGUUGAGAAUAUCUCUGUUGACGUUCAUUGUGGAGAACCUUUACAAAUAGAUCACUUGGUUUUUGUAGUCCAUGGGAUUGGACCAGCUUGUGAUCUCCGAUUUCGAAGCAUUGUACAGUGUGUUAAUGAUUUUCGAAGUGUUUCCUUGAACUUGCUACAGACACAUUUUAAGAAAGCCCAAGAAAAUCAGCAAAUUGGGAGGGUAGAAUUUCUUCCAGUCAACUGGCAUAGUCCUUUGCAUUCUACUGGUGUGGAUGUAGAUCUGCAGCGAAUAACUCUGCCCAGCAUUAACCGCCUCAGGCACUUCACCAAUGACACAAUUCUGGACGUCUUCUUCUACAAUAGCCCCACCUACUGUCAGACUAUUGUGGACACGGUUGUUUCCGAAAUGAACCGAAUAUACACACUUUUUCUGCAGAGGAACCCUGACUUCAAAGGGGGUGUAUCCAUUGCUGGUCAUAGUUUAGGUUCGCUUAUAUUGUUUGAUAUCCUAACAAAUCAGAAAGAUUCUUUGGGGGACAUUGACAGUGAAAAGGAUUCACUAAAUAUUGUUAUGGAUCAAGGAGAUACACGGACACUAGAGGAAGAUUUGAAGAAACUCCAACUCUCCGAAUUCUGUAGUAUCUUUGAGAAGGAGAAAGUAGAUAAAGAAGCUCUGGCUUUAUGUACAGACAGAGAUCUUCAGGAGAUGGGAAUUCCUUUAGGACCAAGAAAGAAGAUAUUAAACUAUUUCAGGACCAGUAAACAUCCAACGAGAAUCAAUAGACCAACUUUACAGUCAGCUUCAGAAGCAAACAUUCCCAAAGAAUCUGAAUUCUGCAGUCGUACUAAUGAAACUAGAAGUGAGGAGUAUUUCGAUGUUGGCAUUGGGCAGGUGUCUGUAAAAUACCCCAGGCUUGUAUAUAAACCAGAAAUAUUCUUUGCUUUUGGAUCUCCGAUUGGAAUGUUCCUUACUGUCCGAGGUCUAAAAAGAAUUGAUCCUAACUACAGAUUUCCCACAUGCAAAGGUUUCUUCAAUAUUUAUCACCCUUUUGAUCCUGUGGCUUAUAGGAUUGAACCAAUGGUGGUCCCAGAAGUAGAUUUUGAGCCAAUGCUGAUCCCACAUCAUAAAGGGAGGAAACGGAUGCACUUAGAACUGAGAGAGGGCUUGACCAGGGUGAGCACGGACCUGAAGAACAACUUGCUGGGUUCACUGCGGAUGGCCUGGAAGUCUUUUACCAGAACUUCAUAUCCCGCCUUACAAGCUUCAGAAACGGCAGAAGAAAGUGAAGCAGAACCUGAAUCAAGUUCAGAGAAGCCAAGUGAUAGUAACACAGAAGAGACUGCUGUGGCAGAUAAAGAAGUUUUGCCCAUCAAUGUGGGAAUGCUGAAUGGAGGCCAACGCAUUGACUAUGUGCUACAGGAGAAGCCCAUAGAAAGUUUUAAUGAGUACUUAUUUGCUUUACAAAGCCAUCUGUGCUAUUGGGAAUCUGAAGAUACAGUAUUGCUGGUCCUCAAAGAGAUCUACCAAACUCAGGGUAUCUUCCUUGAUCAGCCUUUACAGUAAAAAUGACCCAUCUGUGGCUGCUUAAUAUGGACACUGAGGGACCCACCCUCAGAAAGCCACCUGUUUGUUGCUGCAAGUUUCCUGUCCUCAGCUGCAUCCUUUCCUGCAUGUUGCCUGCCACUUACUCACCAGUGGGGUCUUUGGAAGAUUAUCUUCCUUUUUGGAAGUGAAUGGAAAAGAAAAGGGAAGACCUUAUUGCUUUUUACCACCGGCUUCAUAUAAACAUCCUUUCUUCAUAGCUGGGGGUGGUUUGCAACUUUAAUUUUCAGAUGAUAGUUUCUAAAUGCCACCCUUCAUUGCUUAGAACUUGAGAUAGUGUGGAGUCUGUUUUGAGUUUUGUUUGUUUGGGGUUAGGUAGACUUUUUUUCUAAAAAAUUAUUGCUUAUCUUUAGAACAUGUUCUAGUUUGGAAGAAACUAGAUUCUUGAGGUUAGUGGGCAUUUCGUGGCACACUCCUCUUUUGUUUAUGUUCUCUGCGCCUGAGGCUGCGUGUGAGUAGUUACGGAGAAGGUAAUUGUGGGUGUUUUUUUUGAACCAGUGUUUUCUUUCUUUGUGAACCUUAUGAAGAAAGGUUAGAAUGUAGUUUAAAAGGAGCAUUGUUUGCUCUUACAACUGACUUACAGACUUAUUGCUAGGAAUCACUGAUGCUGUUUAUUGUUUUUACAACUUUUUGAGCUGCUGUAAAAGUUUAAAGUGGACAAUUUAGUUCAUGUUAGGUAAAAAGAUGUUAUAUAUUCUAGACCUGCCCUUUUAUAUUAUACUUCAAAUUGAGAGACUCUAGAAGUCUUAGUUAUUUGGUAAUAACUUAAGAUAUAAAAGUUGAUGAAAUUACACAGCCUUCACAGGCUGCUUAGGUUAUAAGUAAAAUCUUUUAAUGGUCCUUUUAUAGUGAAACAGAAUUGUCAUCUGCCACUUCACUUGGGUGAGGAUGGUAUCUUAGUCUCUUUAAAAGCAUUGUAUGAAUAUCAUUGCCUUCUUAAGUAUCCAGAAUCCAGAAUGUUUUACUGUUUAUACUAAGCUCUUGCCACAGUCACUGUCAGUUGAAAAGGUAGGUUCGGCUAAGGGGAACUGUUCAAAUUAAUCCUGAAAGAAAAAAACCCAGAUCCAAGGAAUAGCUCUUGCAGAGUCCAUGUCAGCUGAGGCUGGAACCUGCAAAGUGAGAUUUACUUUGAAGAAUAUAGUGAGGACAGACCAGUCCCCUUCCCGCCCCUCCCCCAGGCAUCUUCUCACCACUUUGUGUCUUUUCUUCCUUGCUGGUCCACUCCCUCUCAGAUUCCACAGACCUGUUCAUAGGGUGGUAUCAGCAAGCAAACUGUAUUUUUUUUUUUUUAUAAUUUUGGGGGGUAAAUAUAUCGGUGUCCAAAGCACUGGCAUUUAACAGUUAUUGAAGCUGUCCCUUAGACAGCAGUGUCUUUAUCCCUUUCUGGAAAGAAAAGAAGGAAGGACAAUUACUGUUGCCAUGGGGUGGAGAUGAGGUUGGAGAAUACAUCGAGCCUGGCCUCCCAGAUCAUAUGCUUGUAGACUAAUGCUGGGUAAGUAAACCAGUAAGACAUGCCAUUGAUACGGAACACUCCGAGGGAGGUUAUUGAGAAUUAAGCAUUUACUUUAUAUUAAAGGGGAAGCUUUUGUCAAGUUGCCGUCUUCAGAUUUACAUUUACUCCAUAUUAGCACAAUAGGUUCCGUUUCAGAGUAAACCAAAGGACAACACAAGUGAGUCCCUGUAACCAAAGACGAACUGCAUAACCCUGGAUAGCUAGAAAAACUACUCUUUAUACCAAGCAAUGUUUCUUUCCUGGUGGGGAGAGGUGAUAACUAUAAAGGAGCUUUGUAUCGCAUCCAUCCACCUGUGCUUUUACUACGGCUGUCUGUUACACAGGGUAAUGAGCACAAGUGAAAGCGCCGUAGAUUGUUUGCACUGCUUCAUAGAGGAUUUCUGUCAUGUGCGGUCUCUAAACCAAGCCUGUUUUUAAAUCUCGGUACAGCAGCAUUUUGUACAUAUUCACAGCUGCAGCAUUAGUAUUGCUUAUCUCAGCAAAAGAGAUUUGUUUGCAUGGAAAGAUUGAUAGCACUGAUUAACUUUCUAAUAUUUUGCACUUUUGAAAUGUUUGUUUUUUACGUGAUUAUAUUUAAACUUUAGUAAAUACUGAAAUAAAACUGCAUUGACCAGUU